UCACCUCACCAGGGCGCGAGAAUCUUGGAAACAGCCACCAGGGUGGGCGGGGUAAGGGCUGGUGCUCCACCAAUCACCGAGCCAGUCCCUGGAAGCGUUGAGCCGUGGCCAAUCGGAACGCAGCGGUCUUCCUCCUAGCCUGGCGCGCGAUAAUUUGAAGACGCUCACGGAGCAGCUGGCUGGGCUGAGGAGAGCUUGCUGGGUUCUGAGGCGAGCUUGCUGGGUUCUGAGGCGAGCUUGCUGGGUUCUGAGGCGCAGGAAUUCAAUAAAGAAAAUGGCAGCUCUUACUCCAAGGAAGAGGAAACAGGAUUCUUUGAACUGUGACAGCCAUUUACACUUCACUGAAAAUCUGUUUCCAUCACCUAAUAAAAAGCACUGUUUUGAUCAAAACAGUGAUAAAAAUGAAGAAAACCUGCAUUGCUCUCAACAAGGGCAUUUUGUUUUAAGUGCACUCAAAACAACUGAAAUAAAUAGACUGCCAUCAGCAAAUCAAGGCUCACAAUUUAAAUCUUCUGUGUCCACUUUAUCUUUUUACAACCAAAAUAAGUGGUACCUCAAUCCACUGGAGAGAAAGCUGAUAAAAGAGAGUAGAUCUACUUGUCUAAAAACUAAUGAUGAAGAUACAUCUUUUCCCAUUGUGACAGAAAAAAUGCAGGUAAAACCAGUCUGUUCCAAGAAGAACAGCAAAAAACCACAGAAGAGUUUAACUGCUAAGUAUCAACCAAGGUAUAGACACGUCAAGCCUGUAUCAAGGAAUUCUAGAAAUCCCAAGCAAAAUCGAGUAAUCUACAAGCCAAUUAUGGAGAAAGAAAAUAAUUGUCAUUCAGCUGAAAAUAGUCCCAGUGCUCCUCGGAUUCUAAGCCAAAAAAUAAAACCACAAGUUACGCUCCAGGGUGGAGCAGCAUUUUUUGUUAGUAGAAAAAAAUCCUCUCUUAGAAAAUGGUCCCUGGAAAAUGAGCUGUCACGGGGACUCACCCAGAAUAAUAAAUCAGAAGUGGUCGAAGAUUCUGAUGUAAAGACUGUCAGUGAAAAAAAAGCUUUUGAGACAAGGCAAGUGCCAAAGUGCUUGAUCCUAGAAGAGAAAUUGAACAUUGGACUAAGUGCAAGCAGUAAAAAUCAAGAGGAAUUAAUAAAGGAUUCAUCAGAUGACAGAGUUUCGUCAAAGGAACAUAAAGUUGAUAAAAAUGAGAAUUUUCCUUCAGAGGAUUCUCUUGGUGAGAAUAAGACAAUUUCUCCUAAGUCCACUGUCUAUCCAAUCUUCAGUGCAUCUUCAGUCAAUUCAAAAAGAUCUUUAGGUGAAGAACAGCUUUCUGUGGGAUCUAUCAACUUCUUGAAACAGACCAAUAUCCAGAAAAAUGCUAAUACCAGAGAUACAAGUAAAAAAACAAAAGACCAGCUCAUCAUUGAUGCUGGUCAGAAACAUUUUGGGGCUACUAUGUGCAAGUCUUGUGGUAUGAUAUAUACUGCUUCCAACCCUGAAGAUGAAAUGCAACAUGUACAGCAUCACCACAGGUUUCUGGAAGGAAUCAAAUAUGUGGGUUGGAAGAAAGAACGUGUAGUAGCAGAGUUUUGGGAUGGGAAAAUUGUGUUGGUUCUGCCACAUGAUCCAAGCUUCGCUAUCAAAAAGGUAGAAGAUGUCCAAGAACUUGUUGAUAAUGAAUUGGGCUUCCAGCAAGUUGUUCCUAAAUGUCCAAACAAAAUAAAAACUUUUCUUUUUAUAUCUGAUGAAAAGAAAGUAGUUGGGUGUUUAAUUGCAGAACCCAUCAAACAGGCCUUUCGUGUCCUGUCUGAACCAGCUGGUCCGGGAUCCCCAACCUCUACAGAAUGUUCUAGGGCUUGGCAAUGUUCAGAUGUACCAGAACCUGCAAUCUGUGGGAUAAGUAGAAUCUGGGUUUUCAGACUGAAGAGAAGAAAGCGCAUUGCAAGACGACUGGUUGAUACCCUCAGGAAUUGCUUCAUGUUUGGCUGUUUUCUCAGCACUGAUGAAAUAGCAUUUUCUGACCCAACACCAGAUGGCAAGUUAUUUGCAACCAAGUACUGCAACACUCCUAAUUUCCUUGUAUAUAAUUUUAAUAGUUAAAGUUGAUUUCAGUUAUAAAGGAGUUACUAUCUGGAUAAGUUAAGAGAGCUCCUUAUUAUAAAAUAGAGACUAUUUAAUAAAUAUCAAAAUAAAACCAACACUCUCACUCAUACACACACACACGUCACAGUUUUGUUCCUUAUGAGUUGAAAAGUCAGGAAUAAAUUUGUUGAAAAUUAUCUGGGGAUUCAAAGAAAAGAAAAAUCUUUGAGUGAUUCACUGAUUAGCACUCUGAAUUUUUAAUUAUGAAACUUUGUAACUAUAACUGGAAAAUUACCUGACUCUUAUGUAAGAGUAUUGACAAAGUGGGUUUUCUCUAGAAAUGUGACCUGGUCUUUUAUAAAGCACACUCUUGGACCAGGAUUAUCUAAUGCCACAUCAGAAGCAAAAAGGCAAAUUUAAACUUGGGCAAGUAAUUUCUAUGCCCAAUUUGUAAAGGGAAUUCCUGAAUUUUUUUUUUUUUUUAAAUUGAGGCAUGGGUCUCACUACGUUGCCCAGGCUUCUGUGGAACUUUUGGGCUCAAGCGAUCCUCCCAAAGUGCUGGGAUUACAAUCAUAGCCACUGUGCCCCGCCUAAUUCCUGACUUCUCUAUACAAAGUCUUCACUUGAUAGGCACUCAUCUGUUGUAACUCAGUUUGAAUAUCUUUAGAAAAUGUUUAGAAUUUCUUACUUGUAACAAGAUGGUAAGGAAUAAGAUUAUCCCAUAUGCAUUUCUGUAGAGCAGAAUUCUAUAGCUUAAUGUUUAAUCUUUUUGAAAAUAAAAUUAAAUGUUUACCUGUCAUCAGAUUUAAUUAAAAUUAUACUUGGUAAUUGCACUAUUAUCAUUUAGUUAAUUUUUGUUGUAUGGAAAUAUUGGUAGUACUACUUUAGGAACCUGUUACAAUUGAUGUCAUUAACAAAAUGCCUAGUUGGAUUAGAUGUUUCAUUUUCUAAUUUUUUGCUUGUUUAAAAUGCACCUUACUUGUUCUGAGAUACCUGGCAAAAGUCUUUACAAAAUGUAUGGUAAUAGAACCAAGGUUAGUAAAUAUACAUAGGCUGGUGGAUCAGAGACCAUGGAACUGUGUAAAUACACUUAAAUGUUCACACAUUUUUCUAGUGUAAUUCCUGGAUACUUUAAAAAGCAAAACAUUGUUCAAAUUAUUUUGAUUCUAAAAGAUCAUUCAACUGCUAACUGGCAGUAAGAUUAUAGGCAAGUCGUUUUCCAGAUUGUAAUUAUAUGUAGAAACUAUUCAUCUGCAUUCACUUUAUUUGCCUGUGAGUUAACAUGUUUCCAAAAUGUAAAAGCCUGGGUUCCCAAAAGAAUGUGGAAGUAUUAAAAUGUAUGUAAUUAUGCAAACAUUUUAAUGCUAUUUUCUGCACUUGUUUCUUUUAAUUAUUUUAUUUAAAAUUUUUAAUUAACAUUGUUUAAUGCUUUUGUGAUGAAUCAAUUAAAAUUCUUUAAUAUUU